UUCCCGGCGAGCUUUGCGAAAGUAACGGCUGCUGCUCGCGGUUGGAGCAGGUGACCGGUGGCCCCGCCCCCGCCUCGCGGUGCUGUCAUGGCGGAUCCCGCUCAGCUGCCGGUUACGCCGAGUCGCCAUGAGAAGAGCUUGGGGCUUCUGACUAGCAAGUUCGUGUCCCUGCUGCAGGAAGCGGAGGAUGGUGUGCUGGACCUGAAGGCGGCCGCGGACACACUCGCCGUCAGACAGAAGCGCCGGAUUUAUGACAUCACCAACGUCCUUGAGGGCAUCGGGCUGAUUGAGAAGAAGUCCAAGAACAGCAUCCAGUGGAAGGGGGUUGGUCCAGGCUGUAACACUCGGGAGAUUGCUGACAAGCUGAUUGACCUGAAGGCUGAGCUGGCGGACCUGGAGCAGCGGGAGCAGGAGCUCGACCAGCAGCGCAUCUGGGUGCAGCAGAGCAUCAAGAACGUGACGGAUGAUGUGCAGAACAGCGGGCUAGCAUACCUGACCCAUGAAGACAUCUGCCACUGCUUUCGAGGAGAUACCUUGCUGGCCAUCAAGGCUCCAUCAGGUACCUGCCUAGAGGUUCCAGUUCCAGAGGGGGUCAAAGGGCAGAAGAAGUUUCAGAUUCAUUUGAAGAGUUCUGCUGGGCCCAUAGAGGUUCUUCUAGUUAAUAAAGACACGUCCAAUUCCCCUCCUGUCGUUGUGCCUGUUCCUCCACCAGAGGAUCUUGUCCAGCCGCCUCCUGUAGUGAUGGGGACUCCCGACCCUUCACCACCUGGUCAACAGGAAGAGACGGAAAGCAGAAGCCGGACGCCUGCUGCGCCAAGUUCUCCUGCACAGUCUUCGGUGUUAGACCCAGAAGUAGAAGAUAAAGGGCUAAGUCGUCUUCCAAGUGUGGACACUUGCCCUCUCCAAUCUUCAGCCUCCUUGGACAACAGUCCUGACCUGCCGAAUGUUUCUACCUCGUUCCAACCGAUCAGUUCUGAUCCAUCUGACAUGCUGGAGUUACCCACAGACUUCUCAGAAUUAUUUGAUCCCACGAAAGAAUGCAUGACAUCUGACCUUCUGGAAGAGUUGAUGUCCUCUGAAGUGUUCGCCCCUCUGCUCAGGCUUUCUCCACCACCCGGUGACCACGACUAUGUCUACAACUUGGAUGAAAGUGAAGGAGUCUGUGAUAUGUUUGAUGUCCCCAUCAAUCUCUGAACUUGGCCUUGUGCCUUACUGUGUAUAUGGACGCAGAUUCUUACUCUACAUGAAGAAAGUUUUCUAUUUUUGGAUUUGUUUGGAUAAACAGAAGCUAUUUGUGUAUUGCGGAGCGGCUCCUCGACCCGACGUUGGUGGUGCCAGCCUGGGUUGUGCCUCACAAGUGUUCUUGCAGAUUUCCCCUGGUGGCCAGCACUGCCCGGUUUUUUUUUUUAGAAUAUUUUCCUCCUUGUUUAUGUGGAUAUAAAAGAGUUAUUUUUCUACGGUUCUGUUCUUGCCGUUCUUCAUGUUCUGUUUUUAGUCUCUCAUUUCUGUGGUUUGUGUUUUUUAUGUCUUGGCCAGUAGCUCGCUACACAAGUAAAAGCCCUGCUGCAGCUG